AAUAGGACUCCCUGAUUUCUUCUCAUUGUUUCUCCAUGCAACUGAUUCAGAGGUUACCUGGCUAUUUGGAGAUAGCCUACGCUUAGCGGGAAUGCAGCAGCCUGACCUUGUGGACAUUGGACACUUUUAUUCCGAACAUCAUCCACGCCUGAUCAACGUCAUCCAGAAAUAGGCCAACCUCUAAGACCGAUUUUUUGCAGCUGCCACAGACGGCGGACAGCACAGAGGUUCCGGGGGGUUCACAAAGUCGGAGCCAGACAGUUUUGUGACCUGGCCAAGGCUAAACACUGGUAGCCAAAUGUGAACACCGAGCAUACCGAAGAUAAUGUCGUUACAAUAUGGCUCCCGAUAGCAACUUUUCUGACACCAUGCUUGCAGUAGUCCAGACGUACUCGGCGGCAUUGCUUACGAGUUUCUCCUGCAAACAGUGCAUGGACUCAGAUUUCACACUGCAUUCGGGCACUUCGUCCAUCAAAUGCGCUGAGGAAUGUGGGCGCUAAUUGUUGAAACUCCAAGCGAGUGAGGACAAUGAAACAUAUCUUACAACGUCCCAUUGGUUUCCUUUGCUUGCCAAGCGCACAUAUAAUGCCCGCCCUCAUGAUGAUGGAGAGGCCAUAUCUUCUCCUCGCCUUCAUCCCAUUUUAAACAUCUCAUAUCAUCUCUCCUCCAAGUCUACGAUGGUAGCGAUCUCACACGCCAUGCACACUAUUUGGCCCGCCGCUGCCGCUUCAAGCUGGUUUUCGUGGAGUUGGUUACAUGCAGCCAACUGCGACAUCACAAACCAAACGUCGAGCCUUGUUGUCCCGCCAAGUCAGACUCAGCUCGUAGCACCGACGAAUGAGAGUCUUUCGUCCGUUGGCCUUGCCUUUGGAAUACAGAACUACACUUGCACACAAUCAAACAACUUCACGAACGUCGGCGCGGUGGCAGAGCUCAUUGAUGUCAGCUGUCUCGCUGGAAGCUCCGUUUUCCGCCAAUUACCAGAUCAGCUCUAUGAUUCAUGGGUGAACUUUAACCAGAGUAGCGUCCAAGAGAUCAUUGAUCAUCUUCACGUUCUCAACCCGCCCGAGAUCCUCGCUCAGCAUUACUUUGUCUCCAAUCCUACCACUGGUCAGGGCCUCAGCCCUAAGUGGGACUUCACGUCGUCUGGGAAGUUUUCUGGGAACAAGGAUGCUUUCUUUGUGGGGAGAGGGCAGGGGUCCCUUCCUGCACCGACAGACCCUAAGAAGGAUAUCAAUUGGCUAGAGGUUGCGAAUGUGCAGGGUAGCAUUGCCAAUACUGUCUUCCGAACUGAUACACGCGGCGGUCAACCUCCAAGCUCCUGCGAGUUUGGUAAGACACAAGACACAUCGGUCAGAUACGUGUCCUUCUACUGUAAGCAGUUGCAGUUCUUCUCUCCCUUUGCUUCCGCCAACAAGCUCAUUGACUUCUCAUGGAUAGACUUCUCCGGCGGCUCCAUACACUGAGCUCCAUCCUCUACUGUCGUGACUGGCCAUGGACAUGCUUGUUACUUUGUGCUAUGUUCUGGACCUUUUGGAUGAUGAUGACAUUACGCCUUCGUUUUAUGACUAGAGGUAUCUGCAUCUUGUAUAAUUCGCUUUCCCGGACAUUAGUUGUUAUAUUAGUAGUACACAUUGUUCAUUACUAUUGGUGCGACUCUUUACAUCUCGAAUCAUGAGACGAACGUUCCUUGUG